AUGACAAAGAUUGAAACAAUGUAUGUCGCGAGAGCGCUCCCUGCUAUCAGAGUCAUGUUUCCUAUCAGGACCGGCAGAAGGUACUUCAGAAGACUCCCUGCCAGCAAAACGGCGCAAGUUGUCUCGCUCUACGCCUGCACCAACCGCUUGGCUCUUGAACGAGACCACUAUCGCUGUGUUCUUACAGGCGCUACUGUGCUUGAAAUACAAUCACUACUUCCCAAUGACUUAUAUGACCAUGGAACUGAAAGUGCUUCAAAUACCCUUGGAAUAUACGCGCGCCAUAUUUGGAAUCAAGGGGAAUAUGCGCUCAAACUGAUUUUCGAGUCCGACACCUGUUUGACAAUCCAGUUCUUUUUGCAGGCCAAACAUGAGACAAUACAACCAAACAUAGAUCUGCUUACCAUACCAAUGUCAACAAGAGAUUACUCAGGCUGCCCUGACAAUCUUCUCAUCAAAUGCCAUACAGAGGGGGAACGCCUCAAAUCAAGGGAGAUGUUUGUGUUAACAACUGGUGACCCUCUACAGAGACCACUGCCAAGUCUCGCACUGCUUCAAAUGCAGUGGUUUCCUCAGAGGGUUAUGGUAAUGGCAGGUGCAGCCGACGUGAAUGAAGGCUUCGACCCUCCCGUGCGAGAUCUUGGGCCGGUCUGCCCACUUCCUACGAUCGAGGAAACAAAGCAUGAACGGGAGGAUAUAGGAGAUGAAUUGGGCGCACAGUAUCUCGCCUAG